AUGGAGCAACAAUUAGCACUUAUAAGGGCUGUGAUGCAGCGAGCUUCCAACCUACAAACCAUUGUCCUAAAAGAUUACCAGCCUUGUGAUUACUGUGACGAGAUAGGUGCACUUCCUCAUUGUGAAAGAUUACCGCCAGAAUGGGUGUUUCCAAAGGGAAAGGGCGAGCAGGACGCUGCAGUUGAGCAGCUGAUUAGAGACAUGCCUGACUGA